AUGGGAGACCAGGAACCGACCCCCGAGAACCACACCAUGAUGCAGGGCUUCGAGUGGUACGUCCCUGCCGACCAGAAGCACUGGGUGCGAUUGGAGAAGCACGUUCCGCAGCUCAAGCAGUUUGGAGUCGACAACAUUUGGAUCCCGCCAGCAUGCAAGGGCUCGUCCAAGACAGGAAACGGCUAUGAUAUCUAUGAUCUCUACGACCUCGGCGAGUUCGACCAAAAGGGCUCCGUGGCGACCAAAUGGGGGACAAAGGAAGAGCUCCUGCAGCUCGCACAUACCGCCAAAGACAACGGUGUUGGCAUAUACUGGGACGCCGUCCUCAACCACAAGUUCGCAGCCGACCGCAAGGAGAAGUGUCUCGCUGCCGAGGUCGACCCCGAAGACCGCACCAAGUUCGUCAGCGACCAGUACGAGAUUGAUGCCUGGGUCGGCUACGAUUUUCCUGGCCGCGAUGGCAAGUAUAGCGACAUGAAGUAUCACUGGUACCAUUUCAGCGGCGUCGACUAUAAUGCUAGGAACGAGAAGACCGCCAUCUACAAGAUCCUGGGCGACAAGGGUGACCAGCAGUGGGCGGACAGCGUCGACAGCGAGAAGGGCAACUACGAUUUCCUGAUGGGGUCUGACCUCGACUACGACCACCCCGAGGUCGUCAAUGAUGUGCUGAACUGGGGCAAGUGGCUGGCCAAGGAGGUGCCCCUCAAGGGAAUACGGUUUGACGCAAUCAAGCAUUAUAGCGAGGACUUCUUGCGUCAGUUCAUCACCGAGCUAGACAAGGAGUAUGGCCAGGGGUGGUUCUUCGUGGGCGAGUUCUGGAAGGACAGUCUUGAUGACAUGUCCGAGUACCUGGCGCGGAUGGGCAGGCGCUUCACUCUCUUCGACGCCCCCCUGGUCUACAACUUCAGCGAGAUCAGUAAGGGCGACGGCGCCGAUAUGAGAAAGGUUUUCGAUGGAACUCUUGUGCAAAAGGAGCCAAUCAACGCCGUGACUUUGGUAAUGAACCACGAUACCCAACCUUACCAGGCGCUAGAAGCUCCAAUUGAGGGCUGGUUCAAGCCAAUCGCGUACGCUCUUAUCCUUCUCCGCACUGGUGGUUAUCCCUGCGUCUGGUACGGCGACAUCUACGGCAUCAAGGGAGAGCACCCCUUCCCGCCGUCGUGCGGCGGGGCUGUGCCAAAGAUGACGCUUGCGAGGAAGCUAUAUGCCUACGGCAAGCAGGCCGAUUAUUUCGACUACGCGACGUGCCUCGGCUGGGUCAGGUACGGAACUUGGGAUCGUCCCUUUGGCUGUGCCGUCGUUGCGAGCAAUGCAGGCCCCGGGUCGAAGCGCAUGCACGUCGGUGAGAUGCACGCUGGUGAGGUGUGGACUGAUGUUCUUGGGUGGAAUGACCGGGAGGUCACCAUUGGCGAUGACGGCUUUGGCGAGUUUGUCUGCUCCGGCACGUCUGUAAGCAUUUUCGUGAAUCGGGAGGCGGGCGGCAGGGAGAAGUUCAACAAGGAAUUUGACUCCAACAUCUACGAGGAGUAA